GUUUUCUCUGUUGUGCUUCUGAGAAGGGAUACGGGUCUUUCACGACUUCUGACGGGAGGGAAGGGUGUAUGAUGAUGCGUGGUAACGUAAUUCUCAACACCGCCGAGCCAUAGCAAUCAUCACCGUCGUAGUCGCCACCUCCUCUCCCGGCGUGGAGUGGAAGAGAACCCGUCUGCACUCAUAGGCUGGUUUUGUUCGGUGGGAGGGCAACUUGAGUCUAAGAUAUUCAGGUAUUGCUAGAGAUGUUGGGUCAUGAUCUAGCAACCGAUCCCUCUAGUACUUUGCGUAUGGUUACCUCAAGGGUAUCAAGUGCACCGUUGGGGCUUGUCUGUUCGUUGAGUUUUGACAGGGGAUUCAAGGAAAAGAACAAUAUCUUCAUCAACGUGGAUAGAUGCAUGAAGUACAGUACUUUCUGUUAUGCACCCAGAAAUCCCAAUAUCACACCACUGGCAACUGCAUCGUUUGGGGACAUGGCUGAUUCUUCAAUUUUUACCUUUCCCAGAAUCCAUGUGAAGGAUCCAUAUCAGCGCCUCGGAAUCAGCAGGGAAGCAUCGGAAGAAGAAAUUCGGGCUGCUAGGAUUUAUCUGAUAAGCAAGUAUGGAGGCCAUAGUCAAGCGCUGAUGCAAUUGAGUGUGCCCAUGAUAGGAUUAUCAUGCAGAGUUUCUUUGAUAGGAAAAAAACCAAAAACGAACCUCAAGAAAAAAAUUAGAGAACUUAGUCAGUCACGUGCCGUGAAGGCUAUUCAAGGCAGAUUUCAAACACCACGUAGCAAAGUCAUUUGGCAGACAGCUAUUACUUUUGUCUUGCUUGGAGUGCUUACCCUUGCUUUCCCUACUGAAGAAGGGCCAACCCUCCAGGUGGCCAUCUCUUGUGCAGCAAAUAUCUAUUUCAUUUAUCAGAGGGUCAAAAGUGGAUGGCGAGCAUUCUUUUAUGGGCUUGGUUCUUUCUUUGCUUCCUUGUUCCUGGGCACCUUCUUGAUGGUAUCCCUAAUUCCUCCUGUACUCCCCGGCCCAAGAAACUUGGAAGUGAGCACCGCGUGUGUUACUUACGUGCUCCUUUUCGUAUCGCCGACAUUCUUGAAGUAAGAGAUCUCCGUGCUUCCUUCCAUGUUAGCCCAAAGUCUUGCAGAAGUUAUAAUCAUGGUAUCCUGCUUCAAAUAGCUUGUACAAUCCAUCAGCUUUUUGUUUGUUUGUUUCACGUUCGUGGAGUUGGAAAUGGUAGCCCCUCGGUGAGUUGAUAGUAGUUUUCAGGUUGCCAUGUGAUAUGUAGAACUUUUUUUUUGCCCUUGGACCGUGAGGUCUUAAGCACAAAGAGUAACACCUCUCUCGUAGGAGUUGUGUGGAGGCCUGUCAACUUGCUUCCGAAUAGAUCAUGUAUCGUAAUAUCCAUGCUGAAGUCAUCGGUCGUCUUUUGGAUGGACA